GGCGGAGCGGAGCGGGGGCCGGAGCCGCCGAGCGGGGGCGGCCCCAGAGCGAGGGGGACGUGGCUGUGCCGCGAUGGAGCCCAAACCGGCGGACCCGCUGCUGUGCGACAGCCUCAUCCUCUGGCUGCAGACCUUCAAUACUGCUGCGCCUUGCAGAGAUGUUCAGGACCUGACUAAUGGGGUUGCCAUGGCACAGGUGCUUCACCAAAUAGAUGUUGCUUGGUUUGAUGCCUCUUGGCUAAAUCGCAUUAAAGAUGAUGUUGGUGACAACUGGAGAAUAAAGUCCAGUAACCUGAAGAAGAUACUGCAAGGAAUUAUGGACUACUACCAUGAGUUCUUGGGUCAGCAGAUUUCAGAAGAGCUUAUUCCAGACCUAAAUCAGAUAUCUGAGAACUCAGAUCCCACUGAACUGGGCAGGCUUCUGCAGCUUAUUUUAGGUUGUGCAGUCAACUGUGAGAGAAAACAAGAACACAUACAAAAUAUCAUGACCCUUGAAGAGUCUGUUCAGCAUGUUGUCAUGACAGCCAUUCAAGAGCUCAUGAGCAAGGAAGUAACGAGUCCUUUCACCUGUGAUGCAUCAAAUGAAAUGGAACAGCAGCUUAAAAGAGCCUUGGAGGAUCUUCAGGAAGCACUGGCAGAAAAAGAAGAGUUGGCACAAAGAUGUCAAGAGCUUGACUUGCAGGUAGCUGCUCUCCAGGAUGAAAAAAACAGCUUGAUGUCAGAAAAUGAGAUUAUGAAUGACAGACUAGAGCAAUUAGACGACUCUCUUGAUGAUCCAAAUACUGUGGUUGCGAAAAAGUAUUUUAGUGCACAGUUGCAGCUGGAACAAUUGCAAGAAGAAAACUUCAGGCUUGAAGCUGCAAAAGAUGAUUAUCGUGUCCAUUGUGAAGAUCUAGAAAAACAACUGAUUGAACUGCAACAUAGAAACAAUGAACUGACCUCCCUGGCAGAAGAAUCCAGAGCCUUGAAAGAUGAGAAUGAUAUUCUUAGGGCUACUGCAGACAAGGCAAGUAAGCUGGAGUCAACUGUGGAAGUGUAUCGGAAGAAGCUGCAGGAUCUGAACGACUUCCGCAGGCAGGUCAAGUCGCUGCAGGAGACCAACAUGAUGUACAUGCACAACACAGUCAGCCUGGAGGAUGAGCUGAAGAAAGCCAAUGCAGCACGAGCCCAGCUGGAGACCUACAAACGACAGGUCCAAGAGCUUCAUAAUAAACUGUCUGAAGAAUCCAAAAGAGCUGAUAAGCUGGCGUUUGAAAUGAAGAGACUUGAAGAAAAACAUGAAGCUUUAAUCAAAGAAAAAGAGAGACUGAUAGUGCAGUGUGAUGCAUUAAAAGAGACAAAUGAGGAGCUCCGGUGUUCACAGAUGCAGCAGGAUCACCUGAGUCAAACAGGUGGGUCUCGUGUUAAAAGCCAUGAGAAUCUUGCUGCUGAAAUUCUGCCAGUGGAAUACAGAGAAAUGUUUAUUCGGCUGCAGCAUGAAAAUAAGAUGCUCCUGUUGAAACAGGAAGGGUCAGAAAAUGAGCGUAUUGCAGAGCUUCAGGAACAGCUGGAGCAGAAGCACCGGACAGUGAACGAACUGGAAACUGAGAAAAGGCUGAAUGAAGAGCGUAUUGGGGGAUUACAGCAGCAGAUUGAAGAUCUGCAAAAGACUUUGCAGGAGCAGGGAUCCAAGACUGAAGGACAAAGUUCCAGCAACCUGAAGCAGAAGUUGGCAGCACACAUGGAAAAGUUGAAUGAAGUUCAUGAUGAGUUGCAGAAGAAAGAGGCUGAUCUUGCAGAGCUCCAGCCUGAUGACAGUCAGAACCCCCAGAAGAUUGGAGAACUGGAAGCAGCUUUACGAAAAAAAGACGAGGAUAUGAAAGCAAUGGAAGAAAGAUAUAAAAUGUACCUUGAGAAAGCAAGAAAUGUGAUAAAAACCUUAGACCCCAAGCUAAAUCCAGCAUCAGCAGAAAUUAUGUUGCUCAGAAAACAGAUACUGGAGAAAGACAAAAAAAUUGAAGCACUGGAGAACGAAUACAAACUGGCUAAGCUACGUGAUUACGAGGAAAAGCUGAUUGUAACUGCGUGGUAUAACAAGAGCCUGACUCUGCAGAAGCUGGGUAUGGAAGCAAGGCUGGUUGGCAGCAGUGGUGCCUGCAAAGACGGGCCUGGACGCUCCUUCCUGGCUCAGCAACGUCACGUCACCACCACCAGGAGGAAUCUCACUGUUAAAGUACCAGGGGCAACAUCUGAUUAAACCACAAGGACCUUGAGGAAAACUUA